UUCCGCUUCCGCUUUAUCGGUGUGACCCCACGCGACACUCUAAGCUGUGAGUGUCACAAAGAGCCUCGCGCUCACAGGAAGUUUAAUUUACUCUGACCUGAACUCGCAGUGAUCACGCAGGCGCGCUCCCGACGCCUUCACAGCAUCCGGCGCUGGAGUGACAGGAGUUUCAUGGAUUUGUCAUCAUGAUAUUCGCCCCGUCAGUCCUCCCUUAUCUUCAGCCUUGGCCCCGCCCUCUUCUUCGCCACCUCCUGUCAGAGUUCUGGCCUAAUGGCUGCGCAGCGUCAUGGAGACGGCUGAGCACGAAGGGCCACGCCCCUCAGUCUGUGAUUGGUCAGGACUCUGUGCAGGUGUUAGGCCAGUCAUACCCGCGUGACGACUUCACUAACGUCACUCCAAAGGUCUUGGAAAAGGUGGGCCGCAACCUCCACAACCAAUCCCAUCAUCCUCUCUGGCUGAUCAAGGAGCGCAUCAAAGCUCACUUCUACAGCUCGUACAUCGGCCGUUCGGGAAACCCCCUUUUCUCCGUCCACGACAACCUGAGUCCUGUGGUGACCACGGAGCAGAACUUUGACAGCUUGUUGAUCCCGCCCGGACACCCCAGCAGGAAACGAGGAGACAACUAUUACCUGAACAGGACGACGAUGCUUCGCGCUCACACGUCCGCCCACCAGAGGGACCUGGUGAGGUCGGGGCUGGACGCCUUCCUGCUGGCCGGAGACGUUUACAGGCGGGACGAGAUCGACGCCAGCCACUACCCCGUCUUCCACCAGAUGGAGGGAGUGCGACUCUUCUCCAACCGCCAGCUGUUCUCCCGGGUGCAGAACGGUGGCGAGCUGUCUCUGUUCGAGCGAGGAGGGCGGCGGACUCCCGAGAAGCAGGAGACGCACACUCUGGAGGCGGUGAAGCUGGUGGAGUUCGACCUCAAAUGCACUCUGACACAACUCGUCUCUUACCUGUUCGGAGCAGAUCUGGAGAUCAGGUGGGUCGACUGCUACUUCCCCUUCACUCACCCGUCCUUUGAGAUGGAGGUGCAUUUCCAGGGCGACUGGAUGGAGGUGCUGGGCUGUGGCGUGAUGGAGCAGGAGCUGCUGAACUCUGCGGGGGCGGAGGACAAGCUGGGCUGGGCGUUCGGUCUGGGCCUGGAGAGGCUGGCGAUGGUCCUCUACAGCAUCCCGGAUAUCCGGCUGUUCUGGAGUCAGGACGAGCGCUUCCUCAAACAGUUCAGAGUUCAGGACAUCCACCAGCCCAUCUGCUUCCAGCCGCUCAGUAAGUACCCACCUCUCCACAACGACAUCUCCUUCUGGCUGCCGGACAGCAAAGAGAGCGAGGCAGGCAGAGAGAGCUUCACGGAGAACGACUUCUACGAGCUGGUGCGCUCCAUCGGAGGAGACCUGGUGGAGAAAGUGUCUCUCGUGGACGAUUUCACACACCCAAAGACCGGGAGGCGGAGUCAUUGUUACCGCAUCAUCUACCGCCACAUGGAGCGAACUCUGACCCAGCAGGAGGUCCGACGUGUCCACCAGCAAAUUGAACAAGCUGCCGAGAGCGAGCUGGGCGUGCAGGGCCGAUUCUAACACACACACACACACACAGACACACACACACACACAGCAGUGCAUCAUCCUUUGCGGCUCCUCUCGAGGCUGAAACAUUCACUUGUGUCACUUUUAAUUUCCCAAAAACCUCCUCGGCCGUUUGGACCUCGGCAGCUGCUCGGACUGCAGAGAAGAUCAGAGCAUCUUUAUCAUCCCUGCCUCGGAUAAUAAAUCCAUCAGACUGAACCGAGCGCCAUCUGCACAUCCUUUGGAUGUUUUCCGGUUUGUUCCGUCGUUAUUAACGUAGCGGUGCUCGCCGGCGGACACAGAAACACCUCGCCGUGUUGAGACGUGACGGCCUCUGCAGCACAUGAGAAUGAGUCACUUUCAGUGAUUUGUGUUUCCAUCAUUAUUGUGACAAUGAUAUUCUGAGAUGCAGCCUGCAAAUUCAGCUUUUGGCUUCUUAUUUUUAAAUGUGCAAGAACAUGAUGUGCAGAUACAGAAAUAAAUCAGCAGCAGACGGAUGCAGGGGAAACUCUGCACCUGCAAAAGUUUCUGCAACUUCAGGAAGGCCUCAGCAGCAUGGAGGGGGGCCUGUUCUGGUUUAAGUUAGCUGGACCGAACAGGGACCGCACUGAUGUUUGACGUAGACCUCACAGGGGUUCAGGUUUGGGUUGAGGUAACAUCCGCCUGUUCGACAGAUGCUUUGCUUUUCAAAAUGAGUGCCUGAGGUUCCAUCUUCUAGUUUCUGAAGAGUUUACCUGAUUAGCAAAAGGAAACCAUAAUCUAACUCUAGAUGAGACGACGUGGACAUCGGCAGGUCUUCGUCCUCGUCCAAACAGUCAUCUCUAUAAACAGAUGUCAACAUCUGGACCUGCGGGCGAGCGGCCAGAAGCUCUUUGAAACCCACUGUGCUGAUGUUUGAGGAUGUUCGAAGCUGAAAAGGUCGAGAGCGAAAGCACAGGUGGUCAUGUGAUAAGACGCCCCAUCCCUAACCCUCCAACCACAGGCAGAGAUCAGUUUGACACCAACAUGUAGGAUCAGUGUUACUGUGAGGAGGUCGGAUAAUCUGGGUAUCUGCAGCAUCAGCUCAACUGACGAAAACUGAUGUGGAAUGAAUUAGAAAUGUUGUUUUCUCAGCUCCCGCUGUGCAGCCAGUGUUUAUGGGCUCAGUAACAGGAGUUUAGUUUCAGAGGAGAACCGAACAGCUUCACGGUGCUUCAUCUGCUCACGUCAGAUUUUACUGAUACGUGCAGCAUCUGCAGAACUCCCUCACAUUACAGUUUGAUCCUGUAAUGAGCACGUUUCCAUCAAACGCUGAUCGUGCUCCGGGUUUAGUUAGAAUAUGAAACCUCCCACUGGAUCAGGUCACACGUGUAAUCCCGUUCACAGCUUCAGAACAUGAAAUCCAGCAUCACCUCCGGGAACAUCGGGAUGCUUUCAAAAGUCCGAUGGACUCUCUCUGCAUCUCAGCCUGAAGUUGUUUCUGUAAGAGAGGAAACAAAGUAGCGAACGAUGAGUUUAAUAUUUACAAAACCAAAGUUUCUGUCUUCAUUUCCUUCAUGUGCGAGAGCUUUAACGAGCCGCCGUCUGUGUUUAGAUAAAAACAUUAAAAGUUUUUGGUCA